AUCCACCUAAGGUAAGUGCCAUUAGCGCACAUUCCACACAAGAAGAAACCGAGGGAGCAGGACGGCCACACAUAGGAUUUGAAAAUGGUUCCAAGGAAAUUCAGAGUGAGAAGGGGGAACCUUCGCAAACCGAAGUUGAGGUUCCAUUUGGUGAACCGGUUCACUCUGCUGCUCCUGCUUCUUCUCAGCCCAACUCCAGCUGUUCAGGCCCCUGCCAAUCUCAGUGAACCCAGCCCUACUAAUGAGGCAUUUCUGCACACCAUUGGGCGCAAGAAGCUGCUGGAAGCCCAGUAUGGCUGCUAUGACAGAAUACAGGAGCUGCCCCCUUAUGAAGGAGAAGGCCCAUAUUGCAACCGUACCUGGGACGGGUGGCUGUGCUGGGAUGACACGCCAGCUGGAGUGACGGCCUAUCAGAACUGCCCAGACUACUUUCCAGACUUUGACGUGACUGAAAAGGCUUCAAAAUACUGUGAUGAAAAUGGAGAAUGGUUCAGACACCCCGACAGCAAUCGAACCUGGUCCAACUAUACUCUGUGUAAUGCUUUCACUUCUGAGAAACUGCAUAAUGCAUAUGCCCUGUACUACCUGGCUCUUGUGGGUCAUUCUUUGUCGAUUGCUGCUUUGGUUACUUCCCUGGGGAUCUACCUGUUUUUCAAGAGCCUGAGAUGCCAAAGGGUGACGGUGCACAAGAACAUGUUUCUCACUUACAUUCUAAACUCUAUCAUAAUCAUCAUCCACCUGGUUGAGGUAGUGCCCAACGGUGAUCUGGUGCGACGGGAUCCAAUGCAUAUAUUUCAUCAUAACACACAUAUGUGGACAAUGCAGUGGGAACUGUCACCACUCUUGCCCCAGAGUGCAGAGGAGGGAAAGAUGGACUCUAAUGACAGUGAAGUGAUAAGUUGCAAGGUUCUGCACUUCUUUCACCAAUACAUGAUGGCUUGCAACUAUUUCUGGAUGCUCUGUGAGGGGAUCUAUCUUCACACUCUCAUCGUCGUGGCUAUGUUCGCAGAGGAGCAACGCCUGUGCUGGUAUUACCUUCUUGGCUGGGGGUUCCCAGUGAUACCAACCACUAUCCAUGCCGUUACUCGUGCUCUCUACUACAAUGACAAUUGCUGGCUGAGUGUCGAGACCCACCUGCUCUACAUCGUCCAUGGACCCGUCAUGGUGGCUCUGGUGGUCAAUUUCUUCUUUCUGCUCAACAUCGUCCGUGUUCUUGUGACCAAGCUGAGGCAAACUCAUCAGGCAGAAACCUAUAUGUACCUGAAAGCUGUGAAGGCUACCAUGGUCCUUGUGCCCCUGCUGGGGAUCCAGUUUGUCGUGUUUCCCUGGAGGCCCUCCAACAAGAUUCUUGGGAAGAUCUACGAUUAUUUCAUGCACUCUCUGAUUCAUUUCCAGGGAUUCUUUGUUGCAACUAUCUACUGCUUCUUCAACCAUGAGGUGCAAGUUGCCGUGAAACGCCAGUGGGCAAAACUCAAGAUCCGGUGGAGCCAGCGCUGGGGAAGGCGCCGCCGCCGCACCAACAACCGCGUGGUCGCUGCUCCUCGUGUUACAGCCUUCGCUGAGCCUGGUGGCCUCCCCAUUUACAUCUGCCAUCAGGAACCGAGAAAUCCUCCAGUCAACAACAACCCAGUCCAAGAGGGUACUGAAAUGAUUCCCUUGAACGUCAUCCAGCAAGACCCUUCUGCCGUACAGGAAGACACAUGUGCUUGAAUGAGAAGCUACGCCAUUGUGAUCCUCUGAGCCUUCAUUUCCUGGGUGAAGAUAGACCAUGCAUUUCAAGUGAUCCCCAUCCUCCCAGGAGCUGAGCAUAUCAUUCGUGAAGAAUUAUUAAGUGAAUUUGUCCAUAGUGAUGUUUGAAGAAAGUUAUUCUUGGUACUAUUGCUUUGGAAGACUGUCUAGGAAUAGAGUCUCCCACUGCAACUUGGGAACUCUGUCAUUCAUCUAGGACUGAGAUGCCAGUGUCUAAGAAUGAAGGCAAGGUAUCCAAAAAAAUGCCACUAAAUUGACCUAGUUCAGAUACAGGGUGCUCCUUGUUAAUCUUGAGCCAUUUAUACCUUUGAGAAAUUUAAAAAAAAAUACACUCUAUAUAUUUUUAAUUUUAACACUAGACUUUGAAUUAGACUCUUUCUAAUUUGGCUAUGGAUCUAAUUUUUAAUUUUUUUAUUUCAAUCAAUUCCUAUAUUACAUUUUUACCAUCCAUACAAUGUAACUGCACAAAUAACAUGACCUCUGAAAGAUGAUGUGACUUUUAAACAUACAGACAGAGAUGACCUGUGCAUUGGGCAAGAAGAUAGACUUUGAAUAAAAAGGCAUUUAGAGUGAAUUUGCUGGAACUGUUCCACAAUCGGAUUGCUUUUGGAUAAUCCUGUCCACCAGGAAGACCCAAAUGCUGUAAGAAAUGGAUCUCAAUGUUGGAUGGGCUUUGCUCAUUGGCAUGUAUAAAUUGGGAGGUCAUCAAGAAUCUGUCACCAAAUUUUUCACAAAACUGCCAAAACCAUAAUUCUCAAUGAAAGAGAACACUCUUUAAAGAGAGCUUUCCACUUUCCUAAACUACAAGAUUUAUAAAGCAAAUCAAGGUUUAUAAAGCAGAUUACCUCUUGCCCUCGGGUGCUAUCUAGCAGUAAGAGAUAGAUUUGUUUAUGGCUGGUAAUUAAAAGACUCCAUACAAGUCCAUUAGCCUUCUUACACCCAGCUUCAAAGCUUAACAAGAUCUCUGCAUUUUCUGGGAAAACUCAGAGCGGCUAAUUACAAAUUAGUUUCUAGUUGACCUCCUGUUUGCUGCUAUCAGCAAAAGAGAGGGAAACACAACAUAAGACUUCAUUAGCCACAUAACUAUUCAUCUUAAAACACAGAGCUUCUCACCAAAACCCAGUAUUAUAUUUCUGCAUUUCUCUUUAUUCCCCAGUAUAAUAUUUUUAAAGGUCCACGAAUAAACCAAUAUCAUUACUGAUUUUUUGAUCUGCAACAGCAGAGUUAUCAUUAUUUAAUUUAUAUGCUAAAUGAGGAGUUUAAAUGAAACCCUCUGAAUCUCGGCCCAUCUAUGACAUCUUAUAUUAUUGCCUUUCAGAAGUGAUUUAGUUGUGGAAAGACAAAAAUGACUGGUUCUGGUUACAUAUUUAGUGCACCCAGAGGAGACUGUGUUUCCCUAGUGACCGUGGACUUUGGAUACUGAGAGCGUGACUCCUU